AUGCCCUACGAACCUUGCAAGAAGAAGGCACCAAGAAAGAGGAGGAUGCUGCCAUGGAGCGCAUGCGAGAUGCUUAUGAGCAGUGCUGUUGCAUAUGUACCUCCUGGACAAGAGAAGCGUCAUUGGUUUUGGCCUCAUGAGUAUGCUUUGUUCGAGGAGAUCGAAACCAAGGACUAUGACCGUGCACACUGCAUGCCAAGUAAAUUUCACAGUUCUGAACCUUGUGCCGCACAAGCAGUGUACUUUCGCAAAACUGUGUCAUGGCUGCGAGGUUUGAGAUCAGGCGGCUGGAUUUGGUGGCAGCGCGCAAAAUUCUCGGGGACUGGUCAUCGGCAUGUGCCCGAACGAUGCUUUAUUCAAGAGGCUAUCUUUGAACUUGGAGUGUCUCAAGCAUCGCUAUCGAUGCCCGAAAUCCUUUGGAAGUAUAUCGACUUCGAAGUCGAUGAGCAGGGUGACCGGGAGAAGACGAGAUCACUUUACGAGCGCCUGGUGGUCCUCAGCGGACACCACAAGAGCUCUGCAAGAGGAAGAGGAAGACGAGGAAUGCCGAACCUCGUGUUGUCGCCUGUGAUCCCCAGUGAGAACUGGACCUCACCGUAUCAACGGAAAACGACGGAAAUAUUGGCAAGUUCCGAGCACGAGAUUUCCGUAGAUGACCGUCGAAAAUGGGACUCAUAG